AUUAACUCUGCAGACAGUUGGCGACUUCUGCGCACUGUGCUCUUCAGCAUGUGCUGACCGCACUCUGUCAGUUUAUGUGGCCUACUACUUUGUGGCUGAGUUGCUGUUGUUUCCACUUUGUUAUAAUACCACUAACAGUUGACCGUGGAAUAUUUAGUAGCAAGGAAAUGUCACGGAUGGACUUAUUGCACAGAUGACAACCUAUCACGGUACCACGCUUGAAUUCACUGAGCUCCCGAGAGUGACCCAUUCUUUCACAAAUGUUUGUAGAAGCAGUCUGCAUGCCUAGUUGCUUGAUUUUAUA